CCGCCCACACUUAUCAGUUACAUGUUUUGAAGGAGAAGAAACUCAAACACGAACCCUACUCAAUUGAAACACCAGAAGCCGCGAUCUUCAAGUACACAACCCGCGAUUAUCAUCAUCAUCAUUGAUAAGGAUGGAAGAUAUUCUACCAGGGCCACUUAGUCAGGAAGUUAUCUUAGACAACUCGUAUCAUGUGAGUGCUGCUGUUUGGGCUGGUGUUGAUCGGGGUCCAUUGGAGUGUUUCUGUGGCAACCGGUCUAUGAGGAGCUGGUUUCUUUCUGAUGCUCAGAAGGAAAUUCUACAUGCUAUAGGGUUUGGCGUGUUUGCCAAUCCCAGACUUAUACUUCAGACUGACGCGAGGCUAGUGAGUGCUCUUGUUGAGAGGUGGCGUCCGGAGACCAACACAUUCUUCAUGAGACAGGGGGAGAUGACUGUGACCUUGGAGGAUGUUGGUUACAUAUUGGGGUUGCCCAUUCAUGGUCGGCCUUUAGUGGGGGAUGUUAUUGACAACCAGAAGGACUUCUUUCGGAGGAACUGGUUUGAGGAGUUGUCGACAGCUGACGUGGAUUCGGCUCAUACUAGGGGCGGGGUGAGGUACACAUGGUUGUUUGAGACGUACGGAGCUGAUCCCGGUCCUGAUCCAGAGCGGAUUCUCAUCCACACGCAGGCCUAUUUGUUCGUUGUUGUAGGUGCUGUUCUUUUUCCUACUACUAGUAGGAAUGUGGUGCAUCCCCGGUAUCUCCGCCAUCUUCGCAGACUGAGGGAGAUUCCUACAUGGUCUUGGGGUUCUGCAGUUUUGUCUUACUUGUACAGGGGAUUGUAUCACGCCACACAGAAGGAUGCCAAGAAGAUAUCAGGUUGUGUGUGGUUGUUGUGGUUGUUACGUGAGCGGGAAGAAGCUAUUGCCGCUGCAGGAGUGUAUCCGAGAAAGCCAAUUUACUACUUCAUGGAUCCAUUUUUCAUUACAUUGGCUAUGGAGCUGGAUUACACGGUUCUCACGGAGCGGGUUAAGCGUUUCUUCGUUACGUGGGGUAGUUGUGGGAUUGGUCCACCAAUCAACGAAGUGGACUACAUAUUUGUCCCGGCCAAUGUUAAUGGGAAUCACUGGAUUUUGAUGGUACUGUCUGUGAAGGAAUGGGGCGUCAUGGUGUUUGAUCCUAUGACCAACAAAGCUGAACAUGCGAAGGAAGAACAAUGCGUGGUUGGACUGUUGGCGAGGAUGCUUCGUUAUCUUGGCCCCCGACUUACUGUGCCGAAGGAGGACCCUCUAGUCCAGGUCUGGGAUGCAAUGCCGAAGCAGAAUAACUACACUGAUUGCGGGGUUUAUAUUUGCAAGUAUAUGGAUUAUCUCUUGCAAGGAUAUGACCUCUCUACCUUGGUGUGGGACGCUUCAGACCUCGAGGUCUUCCGUUACAGGAUUGCCAAGGAGCUUCAGAAGGGGAAAGCAAGAUCCAUCCCAAACCACCGGAUGAGCCAGAGGGUCUCGCAGCUAGCUUAGGACUUUUAUUUAUUUUCUUAUUCUACGAGGAUUUGUAGGGAAUUAAUUGAACAAUGAUAUCAUGUAGUUAACAUUGGUUUAAUAUUAAUGAAUGAAACAUUUGUUUGCGUUUAUAUCGGUCGUUCAUCG